GUCGGUCGGUACUGAUUCGUCGGUUGGUACGUUGGACUUUGAAGAUUGUGUGUGGCCAAAAGAAGUGAUACCCAAAAGGAUACCCAAUCAGGAUACAGUAGCACGCACUACAGCCUCGAAGGAUAACUCACGAGGGCGGUGUGGCUACAAAUAAUUCAGGCGGUGACAACUGACAACUGUUGAAUGUGAUAUCUGGAUUUACUUUAAUGUGGUUUGGAAAAAUAGAGGCAAAGUGAACAGCGACAUUGUUGUCGCCCUGAAGGGAUUAUUAUACGGUACACCGGUUGGUCACACCUUAACAAAAAAUUCAUUUUGUAAUCACGAUUAACACACUUGGAAACAUAAACAUCAUGACAUUCAGGUACAAACGCUCGUGCAAAAGAUGUUCUUUCAUUACCCCAAGCCAACGAGACACUGAAUAUUCAAACGGACAAUGAAAUGAUAAUUAUUUGAGUGAUAAUAAUUGAAUCCAGUCGCACUACUCCUGCCAGUUCCCGGCUGGAUCCACCAUGUGCGGAAAAGCAUUCCGCGCACCUGUGAUUGUGCUACUGUUCCAGUAUUGUGUCUUAUCGUUUUGCGUCCGAGGUAAGCCCACGUCCGGGGUGGCACCGGAAGACAACGACAUUGCAGGUCUGCUGAACAAUCUCAGCGACACGGUGCGAGAACGUCCGAACGAUGAUGUGGCCUACUUCGAGGAGGAUGAGCUGGGUCUGGCCUUCGCAAUGGGAGCAGCGGGCAGCAGCAACGGAGGUCAUCGGGUUGCCAAACGGUCCGCCGACUGGAUCAACCGUAUCGAGGUGCAGGAGGACGGUAUCGGUGCUAAUUAUACCUUAUUCAACGUUGGAGUGCUAAUGGCGUCCCAUUUAGAUUCGCCUUUUGAUUUGGAACGAUGUGGGCCAGCAGUAGAUUUAGCAUUAGACUUUAUCAACGAUUUUUUGGGAAAAACACACAACAUCAAACUGAAAAAAGUUCAAGCGAGCUAUGCCUCUUGCUCGGGAGCGAAAUCGCCGGGCCUGGCGGCAGAUAUGCACUUCAAGAAUAACGUGGUGGCCUUCAUCGGACCUGCAUGUGCCUUUGCGCUGGAACCGGUGGCCCGACUAGCCGACUACUGGAAUACACCCAUCAUCACCGGCAUGGGCGACCAGCCUCCAUCAGAAGGUGAGCUGUCGGUGACAUCCGGAAUCCUGGGUCGCCUAAGUAACAAAUGGAAGAACGAAAGCACAGGUAUAUUCAAGGACAAAUCCAAAUACCAAACGUUGACUCGCAUGUCGUACUGCCAGUGCCGCCUGAAGCUGGUGUUUUCCAGCAUUUUCCACACGUUCGACUGGAGACACAUUGCCCUGAUACUGGAUCGGUCGGAUUUGUUUUCACUGACUGUGGGGAAGAAUCUCGAAUACGGGCUCAAGGAGGAAGACCUGCUGACCUGCGUGCGGGAGCUGGAUGGCAACGACGAAGAGGACCUGGAUAACUACUUGCGCGAUGUGAGCAUGUACGCUAGAGUGAUUAUCCUGUCCGUGCGAGGUAGUUUGGUGCGAAAGUUCAUGCUCUCGGCGCACCGUCUCGGCAUGACGAGGGGUGAGUUCACAUUCCUGGACGUGGAAAUCUUCCAAAGCUCCUACUGGGGCGAUCACUACUGGGAGCUGGGCGACGAGGACGACCAAACCGCCCGUAAGGCGUAUGAAGCCCUGCUGAGAGUUUCCCUGCUGCAGCCCACCUCCCCCUCGUAUCAGUAUUUCGCCGACCAGGUGCGCCUCCGGGCCAAACGGGACUACAAUUACACAUUUGUGGAGGACGAGGAAGUGAACUUUUUCAUCGGCGCCUUUUUCGAUGGAGUUUACCUGCUGGGAAUGGCGCUGAACGAAACACUGAACGAAGGUGGCAACAUCCGAGACGGGACGGCAAUAACGCGGAAGAUGUGGAACAGAAGCUUUGAUGGUAUCACCGGAAACGUGCGCAUCGAUGACAAUGGCGAUCGCGAUGCUGAUUAUUCCAUUCUGGACCUGGACCCCAUUACUGGCCGCUUCGAAGUGGUAGCCCAUUAUUAUGGACGCACCAGGGCUUAUUCACCGGUAAAAGGCAAACGAAUUCACUGGCCAGGAGGACGGGAAGGCCCUCCCCCCGAUGUACCCAAAUGCGGCUUUCUGGGAACAUCACCAUCAUGUCAAGGAAGCGAAAUAAUUCUAAUCUACGCGUUGAUCGGGUUCGGUAUAAUAUCCGCUUUCGGAGCAGCCGUCACGUACAUUCUUUGCAAGCAGAUGAAGUUAAAUAAUGAAUUGAAUAACAUGUCCUGGCGGGUGCGACCGGACGAAGUUCUGCUGGAAGUGGGACGUCUUUUCGGCAGCAAAAUGGGAUUGCAGAAACUAAAUUAUGAGAAUUUCUCUCUCCAGCAAUUUGGCAGUUCGGGUCGCGCUUCUAUAUCCAGUGGCCAUUCUCAGUUGCCAGCACAACUAUUUACCACCAUCGGCAUCUACAAAGGGGAACGAGUUGCCAUAAAAAAAGUAGCCAAAAAGAAAGUUUACAUCACAUCCACCCUGCUGUGGGAAAUCAAGCAAGCUCGGGAUGUGAGCCACGAAAACACGGUCCGCUUCGUUGGUGCUUGUAUUGACUUACCGAGACCAACUAUUUUAAUUCUAACCGAAUACUGCCCGAAGGGUAGUCUGAAAGAUGUUCUGGAAAACGAAGCCAUACAGCUGGAUUGGAACUUUCGGAUGUCAUUGGUUCAUGACGUCGUCAAAGGUAUGGCGUAUCUUCACAACAGCGAUGUUGGAGUUCAUGGAAAACUGCGGUCCUGUAACUGCUUGAUUGAUGGUCGAUUUGUGCUGAAGAUAUCGGAUUUCGGACUGCGCACGCUUACGACUCCGUCGGAGUUUGUUCGCGAUCAAAACUACUACAACAAAUUGCAUUUUCCAGAAUUGCUCUGGGUGGCACCGGAGUUGCUUCCAACCACGAUGAUUCCGGGGACACCGGCAACUCAGAAGGGCGACGUGUACUCAUUUGCGAUCAUUUUGGAGGAGAUCGUUGUCCGAGGUGGGCCGUAUGAGACAGCCAGGCAGUUCAUGGAUCCACAGCAGAUUGCGGAACGAGUUGCGGCUCACGAAAGUCCACCUUUCAGACCAUUUGUUGGCCAGCGAGACUGCCCUCCGGAUCUGCUAGAUCUGAUGGAAAGAUGCUGGUCCGACAGUCCGGAUGAUAGACCCAGUUUUAUACAAAUCAAGAGUACCGUUAAGCUGAUAAUGAAGGGAUUUUGUGAGAAUCUUAUGGACGACUUGCUACGUCGAAUGGAACAAUAUGCCAACAACUUGGAGAGUUUGGUUGAAGAGAAAACCGCACAACUUAGUAUGGAAAAACGUCGCACCGAAGAACUUUUAUAUCAAGUGUUACCACGGCCAGUGGCACAGCAGCUACUUGCCGGGGAAAUGGUUCAACCGGAGCAGUUCGAAUGUGUUACAAUUUACUUCAGUGAUAUUGUAGGAUUUACUGCGCUUUGUGCACAAAGUCGACCAAUGGAGGUCGUUGACUUUCUCAACGAUCUAUACAGCACGUUCGAUAGGAUAAUUGAAUUUUACGACGUAUACAAAGUAGAAACCAUCGGGGAUGCCUACAUGGUGGUGUCUGGACUUCCAGAGCGAAAUGGGCAUGACCAUGCGCGGGAGAUCGGUCUUAUGUCGUUGGCCAUUUUGGAUGCAGUCAGGUCCUUCACAAUCAAACAUAAACCCGAACAGCAACUGAAGAUUCGUAUCGGGAUCCAUUCAGGACCAGUUUGCGCCGGGGUGGUGGGGCAGAAAAUGCCUCACUAUUGUUUGUUUGGUGAUACGGUUAAUACGGCAUCUAGGAUGGAAUCCACAGGCCAUCCAUUAAAAAUACACGUAUCAGAGGCCGCCAAACAAAUUCUUGACAAAUUUGGAACGUUCCGUCUAGAGCUUCGAGGCGAAGUAGAGCUGAAGGGAAAAGGAAUUUGCACUACUUUUUGGUUAUUGGAAUGCUCCGAACCAGACCCAAGGCCUCCCACACCGAUGAAAAAUUAUAUCGAUAACGAAGUCCCUUUUCCGAUCCUAUUUCCAGCUAUUGGAAAAUAAUUUGUAACAUUUAAACGAAACAAGAUCUAGUCACGGUGUCUUAUCAGAACAAAUACUCAACAAAUCUUAAGAUAUACAUAUUUAUAUUGCUAUGUAACGUUACAUGGGCUUUUACAAUAAGUGUCAACAAUGAGUGUCAAUUCAAAUGGGAAGAUAAAACUAUAUUUAGUCAAACCAAAAAUUCCACAUAACUGGAAAUGAGAAUUAUUUUGUACCAGAGAUUAUAUCGAUCAAAA